UUUGAAUAUUUGAAAAAAUACACUGAACAUUCAAACUGUGCCUUGUAUUUGCCAUUUAAAAAAAGUGGUCCGAUGCAAUCAACUAGACUGAUCAUGUUUGACAGCUGGUACUUUAUGUUUUGGCGGUCACUUUUGACAACUACUUUUCAACAAACCGAUUGAGCGACGAACACGAAGCAUUGUUAAUUGUUUGUAUAAGUUAAUGUUAGAUCUUUUUUGACGACUGAAAAGUAAAACAAAUCAAAAUGGAUAUUGAUAUAAAAGUUGAAAAGGACGUUGAAUCGCAAGAAGAGCAAAAGGUGGAUUCGCUCAAAAGGUUGGGACCAUAUAUUGCGCAGAAAAACAAUGCCGAAAGUUUUGUUCAUUUCUCGAAUAUACCGCAAAUUUGUUUGGAAGAACCGUGUAUGCUUGGGGUGGAUGAAGCUGGCCGCGGACCCGUGCUAGGUCCAAUGGUUUAUGGUAUUGCAUUUUGUCCGCUGAUAAAAGACGACAUUCUCAAAACGCUUGGCUGUGCCGACUCGAAACAAUUGACCGAAGAGAAACGGGAAGUGAUUUUCAACGAUAUUUGCACAAAAGAAUACGCAAACACAAAUAUGGCAUGGGCCGUCGAAGUGAUUUCACCGAAUGUUAUCAGUAAUUCAAUGUUCCGCCGAUCAAAGCAUUCUUUGAACGAAGUCUCGAUGGAUUCGGCCAUUGGUUUGAUCAAGAGAGCGAUGGCUUUGGGAGCAAAUAUUGCCGAGGUGUAUGUCGAUACCGUUGGUCCACCCGAAAAGUAUGAAGCAAAAUUGAGCAAAAUAUUCCCCGAUUUCAAGAUCACUGUGGCCAAAAAGGCGGAUUCAACGUAUCCCAUCGUCUCAGCUGCUAGUAUUUGCGCGAAAGUGUCUCGUGACCAUGCACUCAAGGUGUGGAAAUUCCCUGAAGGUUUGACCAUAACACAAGAUGGUUUUGGCAGCGGUUAUCCAGGUGAUCCGGUCACCAAACGAUUUCUGCAAGAAAACAUCAACCAAGUAUUCGGCUUUCCGAGAUUGGUACGAUUCAGCUGGUCAACGGCCGAAAAUAUUCUAUUGGCAAAAGCACUGAAAAUGCAAUUCGAAGAGGAGGAGGACGCACCGAAAGCAAAAACAACAAAAGCAAUCAAAAAUUUCUUCACUUCUGACAAACCGACCACACGGCCAAGACACAUUUUCUUCCGUGAUCGAUGCUUGGAAACCGUUGUCGAUUUGUAAUCGCAAAAUACACCCACAAUCCAUUCCGACUGUUCAUUUUUUUUAAAAUGAAAACUCAUGAAAAAUACACAUUUCAAUAAAAUCACGUUGCAUUAGACUAAA